UAUUCGGCUUCCGCUUCCACCUUAUCCUCUCGUAGAAAACAAAAAUUAAAAAAAAAAAAAGAAAAUGAAUAUUUCCCUUUUUUUCCAUUAGUUUUCUUACUCCGAAAAUGUAGUAAACGUCUUGUCUUUUGAACUAUUUUAUUUUAUUUUUUUUAUUUUGAGAUUUUAACUUCGUUAGAUGAAUCUCUCCGCUUCAGCUGAUUUGUUUUUUAUUUUUUGAAUUUGGCGGUUUUACUUUCUUUUGUUUUCCAACGGUUUGUGAGCAACCAAAUAGGGUUUGUGAGAAAACGUAAUUCCCUUUUUUUUUUGUUUUUAAUUUUUUUUCUUUGAUGUGUGUGGUUCUUAAGGUGAAGUAGUUUUAAGAUUUAAUUGGUCAAAAAAGGGAUGGCAGAUAAAGAAUAUCAGGGUUUCAAUCAUAGCCUUUCAAGGAAAGAGCUUCAAAGUGUGUGUAAGAAAUAUGGUUUACCUGCUAAUAGGUCGAGUUCCGAUAUGGCUAAAUCACUGGCCUCUUAUCUAGAGAACCAGAGAUUGGGUUCAAUGACCGCAGAGGAAAGAUUAUAUGGAACUCAAGAGGAUGGACUUCCUUUGUCCCUGAAACUACAACUGCAGCCUGAAGCGUCAUUAAACUCUUUCAGGGAUGCUGGAAAAGAUUGCUAUGGACUCAUCUCUUGUCCCAUAGACAGGUGUAAUGAAGGGAAUUAUUCUCAAGCUGUUGAAUGUAAUGCAUUGGGUUGUUGCACAGUGGAUAAAUUUUAUCAUAAGGAUGGCUAUGGUGGUGGCUCUAUUUUUUCCCAGCAAAGACCACAAUCUCUGUUUGUUUCUCAGUAUAAUGACAAUGAUUUUAAGAAUAAAGAGUUCCCAACACUGUGCGUCAAUAGAAAUUGUUUGAGUCUCACAAGAGACAGAAGGAUGAAUGAUAUGCCUCAAGCUGAACAUAAAGACAUGAAUGUUGCUGCAUGUUUUAAUGAGACCACCUUUCCUUCCUCCAUAAAUGCCCCAUCUGUUUCUCCUUCGUCUUUUCAGUUUCAUGUCAGUUCAGAAGAGGGGAUUAACCUUUAUGUUGAUUUAAAUUCAAACCCAUCAGAGUGGGUUGAGAAAUUGAAAAGUGAGGUUUCUAUAUGCCAGAAUAUGUCCCAUAGCAAGUUUCAGACUUUUCAUAAGGAGCUUGGGCGCUUUGAGGAGAGUAGUAAACAGAUGAAAAGUUGUUUUCAGCUGAAUAUAGAUGCUGAGAAAAUAAAGGAUGGCCAUAUGCACUCUGGAUUACCCCCAAGUUUGAUCAUAAAAGAAAAUAAUUCAUUGCAUCUUGAUCAUCCAGGUGGAAAUGAUGGAUCCUUGGGUUCAACGGUAAUGACAAAAUGUGCCAGAGCUGUAGAUGGGUCAGAGCAUUUAGAAGGAGAUCAAGUUUUGGCCUUAUUUAAAUCUAAUUCUGAUUCUCAGGAGCAAAUAAUCUCUGCUGGCACAUCCUGUGCCAAAGAUGGGUGUUUGAUAACUCUUGAUUCAAAUAUUAAUUCUCCUAGGGAGAAGUUAGCUGGUUAUGCUGUAUUAAAUAUAUCAGAUGGUCCACUAAAUCUUCUCUCGAUGAAGCAACAGAAUUCUAAGUUUGAAAAUGAAAUAUAUGAGAAUUCUACCCUGCAAAAUGGUUGUCAUCUUGUGAGUCCUGGUGGAAUAAUUCCUGGAUGCGUGCCUGAUGGUUCAUUGCAGAUACCAAUGCCCGAAGAUGUGGUUCUCCAGAAAAAUGCAUUACAUUCACCUCGUGAAAAUGGUGGAUUUGUGGAUUUGGUUGAUCCAAAGCACAAUACUUAUGCAGAACAAGGCGGAAUAGUAGGUUCAACUGAGCUUGAUCAAGAGACAUUUAGGACCCGGCUGCCUACAUUAGUUGAAGAACAGGGUAGGAGCAAAAUUAUUAAUUGGGGAAAGAGUUCGGAAUGCUCACAAGAUGAGUUAUUUGAAAAUUGUGGAGAGCGUGAUAAUGUUGGAUCUAAUGGACUUGGCAAAAAGAGGGCUUAUAUAGAUGGAGAUCAAAAUGAUUGUAGCGUGCUUGACGCCAAGAUUUUAAGAAGCACAAAGCAUCUGAUUAUGAAGGUCCUUCCCAGAAGAUCCAUGCGGCUGGUUUCCAAGAUCCCUUCAUUCUUUAGGGAACAGGUUUUUACUCAGAGACAUAAUAAAGUGACAAAGGGAUGCAGGGAAAGGGAUAACGAGGAAGUAUUGUUUUUAAAGAUGGCAAUCGAACUAGUUAAGGCAGAUCAAGAAAGUACGAAGCAGAGGUGGUGUGGGUUGCUGAUGCGGUUGUUUCAGCCCGAGUGCUUUGAUAUCGGCAAACUUGGGAGUUUUAUUUUGGAACAAGAGGUUUAUGACUUGAUGAGCGCUAAAAGAGACGAUGAAUUGAAAAUUUUGAUGGCGGAGAUUGAAGGGUUCAUUAGGCCUAUGGUUGAAAGAAAUAAGAAAGUAAACGAGUUGAUGAUGGAACUGAAUCGAAUACCAAAGAAGUCGAAUUUCACAAGGUGGAAUCUUGGUCAAUAUGGUGAUGAUGAACCUUCGAGUCCUCACCCUGAUCAAGGGUUCAAAAAUAGUAGUAUAGGUGACAUGGGGAGGAGUCUGAGUGAAGUGGUGGUUGAGAUGUAUGGAUUUCCACCUGAUGUGGCAUUGGACAUACAGGAAUCUGCAGCAACCGGAAACCUGGUCGGUGAAGCAUCCGAGAAUGCUUCCAUGUCUGAUGAUGAUCUCGAUAGGAAGGGAGAAGGUUUUGAUCCAUUGGAGUAUCUGGAUCAUCAAGUUUUUUCUGAAAAUUGCGAACUGGAAGAUGCAGAGACAUUGAACUGGAAAAGUGUGAGAAUAGCGAAACAAAAACUUGAAGAUUUGAAUAUGAAAAUAUGAAAUGAAGAUGAUGAAAAUUUUGACUCUGCUUCUGGUUAUUAUGGUGAAAAUAUUCUAAAAGCAGUAAGGGAUUGGGUGUUUCACAUGGAAUCUGUUCUUUGCGACCUUGUAUAUAAUUUUUACAAUAUGAUGUCAGCUUAUAAACCAGCAAUGACCAGGUUCCAGGACUUGAAGUCUACUCAAAGAAGAGAAAGAAAGACAUGAUGGGAUGGUACCAAUCAUAGUCUAUAAGAUCCUUGCCAUGCCAGAAAUUCCAUUCCAAGUAGUGGACAUUGACAGGACAGUCUUGUACCAGGAAAUCGAAUUUGAUGGAGUGAUUAAUGCAUUCAAAAGAGUAAUUUUACUUGUGGGAUUUGUUCUGGAGAAAACUUCAGGCCUUCUCAAUGCACAGACAAUCGACAAGAAAGCAUUGACUUUUUGUCAAACAAUGCUCAAUCAAUGAGAGGAAUUAUUGAAAGAGAUUGGACUGAACAUCUAUGGAGCAAAGUCCAGCUCAAUUAUAAAGAAAAUGGAAGAUCUUGAGCUCAAAGAUCACCUCCAAAAGAAAAGGAAGUAAGAGAAGGCAAAAAUGGUACUUUGGACUGAACUUGCAUUGGCCUGCUAUAGAUAGAAAACUGACUCUAGAUACAUGAAGUCCACAUUUGUUGAUAAAACAAAUACAUCUAGAACAUCUUGUACGGCUAUAUAUUGGGUUUUCUUCAUAUGUCAUAUUUCUAAUUUUUAUUUGAAAAAUGCUAAAGUAUGAACUAGCUAGCUAGUUAUUUGGAUUUAGUGUCCAUGAGUCGGAUU